AUGCUUUCCUUCUUGCUCCGGUUGUUACGGUGGCACAGAUGCUGCUACAUCAGACCAAUUCUAUUCUUCAUUAUGGGCAUGCAGCAGCUCCAAAUGACAGGAUUUCCAGGUGGCUGUUUUUUUAUCAUUGCUCAUAAACGGGACCUUGGGACAUCCAAGACAACCUCUGUUCUGUUGCAAAUAAGGUUUACAACCAUAAAAAUCAUUAGCUCACACUAUAGAAACCAAAAUCAGCAUAUGUGGGGUCCUCCACAGCAUAUGAUGCCACCAUAUGCUGCUUUCUAUCCACAUGGGGGGUGUUUAUGCACAUCUUGUAGUUCAUCUUGUGGAAACAAUGAUGGGAACUCACAGGCAACAUAACUUGCAUCAUGCCUAUAUUGGUCAAUUUGCAUGUUUCCACUUUCCACAAAUAAAUGGUAACUCAUUUAUAAAACAGUGGGGAAACUGAAGGUACACUGAGGUCAAUUUACAUGUUUCCACUUUCCACAUAUGAUAGCUAAAACUAAGUUGAGCAGCUGUCAAAUACCAACAGAUGUGACUGAGCAAAGAAAAAAGCGGCUUUCAUCGAUUGAAAUCAUGUUUUACAACAGUCUUCUAUCCAUUCUUGGCGUUACUCAUAAUAGUUACUAGAGAAUUCUCAAGUUCAAUCUCAUUAUUAUAUGCAAAGG